AUAUUCGAUGUGCCGAGCCUUUGAUGUGAGCGAACCCUGUUCCCAUUUGUGGUGCGGCCAUAAACACAAUCCUUUUGUGUGCAAAACCAAAAAAGGGCCUCCGCUCGAAGGGACGGAGUGUGGAUUUGGAAAGUGGUGUUUCAACGGAUAUUGCAGUGAAAUAACAGACACUAUCAGCAAAAUUCCGAUUGUGUUAAACCCCCAACAUGGAGGAUGGAGCACCUGGGGACCAUGGGGACCAUGUUCUCGUUCUUGUGGAACCGGAAUACAGUAUCGAUCAAGAAAAUGUGAUAAUCCAAAACCAUCGUAUGGUGGUAAAACCUGUGAAGGCAGAACUGAAGAUUGGCAGAUAUGUUCAAAAGGUCCAUGUAAGAAUUCUUAUGUAGAUUUGAGAGCUGAGCAAUGCAAAAUGUUGCCUAAGAUUUUUCCUAAUCCUGAAUUACAAGUCACUGAUACAUGGCUACCUUAUGAAAGUGACCAAGAUGAGCAGAAAUGCAAAUUUUCCUGCAUAAGUGAUGAAAGAAAAGAAAUAUUUAUGACCAAUGAAAACCUUCCUGACGGAACACCAUGUUCUUACGAAAAUCAAGAUAAUCUUUGUGUGCAGGGAGUAUGUUAUCAAGUAGGAUGCGAUGGUAAACUGAAUUCCUCUAUGUCAAGAGAUAGUUGUGGAGUAUGUGGAGGUGACGAAUCAGAAUGUUAUAAAUCAAAUUCUACAGUUCACAAAGUUUUGAAAAGAGAAAUCACUAAAAUAUCUGUAUUACCGAAAAUGGCAAGGCAGAUCAGGUUGGAAACCGUAGUAAACGAAUACAGUAGUGGAAAAUCCAGUUUAGCUUUCGUACUAAAAAAUAGAAGAAAAAAAGGAUACAUUGUGGCAGUGCCGAACACGUCGAUACACUCUAAAAUUGUAGAUGGUGUCAACUUCUUUUACAAUAGAAUUGGAAGAUUGUAUAAGUUAUGGGGCUUCGGUCCUAUUUUAGCUGAAACAAUAAUUAUGUUGAUAUCAUCAGAAAAGAACAUUUCCAAUAAAAUCAACAUAACAUACAACACUCAAUACUCCAUACAAAAAGAUUUUCUCUUACCGUCAAAACGAUUUGUCUGGAUCAUGGGCGGCUGGGGACCAUGUUCAGCAAGCUGUGGUGGUGGUAGACGUCAAAAGACAGUGGCGUGCUGGGACAAUCAACAGGACAAGUUGGUGAAGCGGAAGUAUUGCUCGUUGAUACAGAAACCUGUAACAGAAGUUGAAUCUUGCAAUAAAUUUGGAUGUGAUUUUAAAUGGGUACCAGGAGAUUGGGAACCUUGUAGCCAAACUUGCGGUAGUAAUGGACUUCAGUACAGAGAAAUCUAUUGUGUUCCAGAGUCUUUAUUUGGUACAGUCAACAAUAUUAGCGCCAUACUUGCUAAUCCUUGGAAAUAUAUGGUCAACCCCACAAAAUGUGCUAAAAACAAACCCGCAGAUGUAAGAGAAUGUAACAGGAAGCCGUGUUUUUAUUACUGGGAAUUUGGAAAUUGGUGGCAGACAGUCAUAAAUGGACUUGGUUCUUGGAUAUAUUUCGAACUUAUUGCUAAGAUCUACGUCUGCUAA